AUGCAGGCCAUUCUCUUCUCGAGCUCUCCCGCCUCCACUGCGUUCUUCUCCUCGUCUACCUUGAUGGUGACGACGAUGGUGCCCACAAUGGCCCGCGAAAAUGCGGUCUCGAGCCAUGAAUCUCGGGCGACGAGCGACGCUGCUCAAGCUCAGCUUACCAAUGUUUCAGUCACCACCGUCUCCUCGGUGAUGACAGACCACGGCAUGAUUCCAACGUCUGCUCCCAUGUCCCGCGAAGAUGCUACAUCUGGCUUUGAUGUCAGCGCGGUCCUCCAAGUCGAGUCGGCACCCAUGUUCCGUUCCAACGCACAUUCUGGCCCAACUAUUGAACAGUUCGUUGCAUCCGUGCCCAUGGAGCGCGCCGAUGCCUCGACUGGCUGCACUCCUUAUGCAUUCCAACUUGGAGAGUUCUCCAACUCUGGAGUUGUCGAGUCGUGCUGUAUGAGCCGCACGAAUGCGUCGUCUGGCUUCUCUAUCUGGUACGUGUCUAUAUACGUCCUUGUGUGGACGUAA